CAGAAAAUCUCCCCUUUCCAACCUCCCACUUCUUCUCCAGACUGCACUUUCACUUUACAUCUUCUUCCGCUUCCUCUUCUUCCUCCCUCACCCCCGCUUGUCGCAAACAAAGCUCUCUUUCUUUUUUGAUCUACUCCUCUGUUUCUUCACAUAUUCGCCUCCUGGCCGUGGCGCUUUUUCUUCCCUUGUUUUUUUCUUCUUUUUUUCUUCCUUGUUUUUACUCUUGUCAAUACCCGUGCUUGCUCUAGCACUGUGAUUCUCUAUUUACAUCUGAUUCCAAGCAAUCUUGCUUUUCCUAAACACCCAUUUCACCAUUACCGAAUCGGCUCGGCUCGAUCUCUACGAACCACCAUCCGCUCUCGGACCCUGGGAACACUCGCUCUAAUCGCUACAUUCGUUAUACAUUUAAAUCCACCAAAAUGAACGUCAACCGGAAGUUCGAUCGGUUUAAGCAAUGGGCUGGUGAGAGAAUGGGAGGUGAAGUCAAGACUAAUCUGUCGGAUGACUUCAAAGCCAUGGAGACAGAAAUGAAUGUGCGCCAUGAUGGUGUUGAUCGCAUUCACAAGGCAACCGCUGCGUACAUCAAGUCCGUUUCGAAGCGCAGCGAAGGCGAGGACAAGGAAAAGACGCUGCCAAUCGCCCACUUGGGUAGCAGCAUGGUUGGACAUGGUGAAGACUUCGACGCGAACUCUGAGUAUGGCCGUUCUAUGAUCAUGCUUGGUAGAGCGGAGGAGCGCCUGGCUCGCCUUCAGGAGGCCUAUAUCUCUCAGGUGAAUGCAGGGCUGUUGGAGUCUUUGGAGCAUUCUUUGACCCAGCUGAAAGACUAUCAGACUGCCCGCAAGAAGCUCGACGGUCGUCGCCUGGCCUAUGACACAUCUCUCUCGAAGAUGGAGAAGGCCAAGAGGGAAGACUUCCGUGUCGAGGAAGAGUUGCGGACCCAGAAGGUCAAAUACGAAGAAGCCAACGAUGAUGUCUGCCGGAGAAUGCAGGACAUCAAGGACUCGGAAGCCGAGGGCGUGAUGACCUUGGAGGCGUUCUUGGACGCCCAACUUAGCUACCACGCGAAAUGCCAGGAAGUGCUGCUCCAGCUCAAGAGCGAAUGGCCCGGCAGACAACCUCUUUCCCAGACCCCAAAUGGCCGUCGGCCAGGUCGCCCCCGCUCCAAUACUGCACACUCUUUCGCAGACCGCUACGAACCGUUGCAUGAAGAGGACCAUACUGCUGCGGAUCCCCGGCCGAUUAUUCGUUCCACCAGGGCUACAUCGAUUGAGCCGACUGGCAGGGAGGUCUAUCCGCCUGAUGCUUUCUCAAACCGGCCUGUUCUGAGCCGGACCUCUACUUUCGAGGGUCCUACACAAUUGCGCCAGGAUUCGAACUCCAGCCCUUAUCAAUGGCCAUCCCGGUCAGCCAGCGAAAACUAUAUUGGCCGCCGAAACAGCAUCCAAAGCCGGUCUGCCGGUAGAGCAUAUGCUGACCCUUACAUGGAACCGUCCGAGGAUGGUAGCCCACAUAGUGGUACGAGCCCGGAUCGAACUUACAUGGGACGCAACGAAUCGCCUGCGCCUUCCUACGGCAACGUGAUUUCGAGGCGAUCAAGCUCAACCACGCUCAACAGCGCUUCACUGCAGAAGAAGGCGCCCCCUCCUCCGCCCCCCCGCGCCAAGAAGCCUGCCCCUCCCCCACCUCCUAUGAAGCGAGUCAUCCCCAUUGGAGGCGACGCGUAGGCUUUAAACCUAUCCGCAUGGGUUAGUCUGUAUUGCAAUUCCUCGCGUCUAAGGUCGUUUGAAUGGUUAUUUGUGGUGUGGGUUGCUGGCGACCCUACGUUGCUGCAGUCCUUACGAGUCCGAUCUUAUGUUGCUGGUGAUCAUGGAUGAGAGAAUCAUCUUCUCUCCCUCGAUGAUGCAUCUUCUAUAAAUGGGGACGCAACGAGCUGUGAGUAUUGUGGCCUGUACAGGGAACAGGUUAUGUAGCAUUAUUUCGCCUGGUAUUGUUGGCUUAAUGACUGCCAUCUUAACAUAGGGUACUGCGUUUUUGAAGUCUUUCUGUUUCUGUUUAUUUCUUUUUCUCAACUUGUGAACAAAGAGGACAUUUAUCGCCGCACGGUGAAAAGAGCAAGAUAUUAGGAGUAGCAGUAAAUGGCAGAUAUAGCAUGGUGC